AUGAAGUCAGCAAAAUCUCAUUUUUAUGCUUUCCAUGGAGACUGUCUCAAAUUUAAUGCGUCAAUAAACAGGUUUUGGGCUGAUCAAAGAAGUGGUGAAAAUGAUGCAAUUGUUUUGCAGAAUGCACUAAUGGAGUGGAAUAGCGAGGGGAAAAAGAAAGGUGGCUUUAAAUGGCUUCAUUGCUCUGAGGUAUUAAAAAAUAAUGCCAAAUUUGAUGGAGCAUCUCAGACAUCUCGAGGAGGAAAGAAAGCUAGAAUAUAUGAUACUGGAGAUCACACUUCUGGCUCUGGCCAAGAUGUCGAGCCUAGUGGCGAUGGUGAGGACAGAUAUGUACGUCGACCAGUUGGCCAAAAAGCAGCAAAGGCUGGGAAGAGAAAGGGAAAAGCAACUGCAGGAGGAAGCACCGGUCCAGAUGUUGAACGUCUGUUGGCUGAGAUUGGUCAGGUUAAAGAAAUUCAUCUGAAGAAACAAAAAGAUUUGGAAAAGCUAGUUCGUAUAGAGUCAUGGAAGACGUACAGAGAAAUGAUAAAGGAGGAUACUUCAACCAUGACAGAAGAAGAAUUGCAAGGCCACCAAGGACUUCUUGCGGUGCUUAAAGAAGAGCUGAGUCUCAACUGA